AUGGGCAGAAACGGCAGGGCGGAGCGGAGAAGGGAAGAGGCUUCGGGUGGGGUGCUAAAGCCAGUCCCUCUUCCUCUGCUCUUCCGCGCACAACGGCGGCCCCGCGGGGUGGUUUGCCGCAGACACGCGUCGUCGAACGCCAGCGCGGGCGCGUGCCCAUACCCCGCGCGACCUGCCGUCCCUCCCCUUCCUUCUCUCCCCCAGUUGUCGCCGCUCGUUACCCACCACCCGCUAACCAAAUGGCCGGCCCACGCCCCGCAGCCUCCCGCUCCUUGCCGUGCUCCUCGCGGCGCUGCUCCUGCUCCCCGCCGUGCUCGCCCACGGCGACCACAAGGGCGCCCACUACGGCCGCAAGCGCACCCGCAACGGCCGCCCCGCCCGCCCCUUCGCCAAGGGCCGCCCCACCGCCAACGUCGGGGCGCCGGCAACGCCACGCCCAAGCCCAGCACCACCGCCGCCCCGCCCCGGCGAACACCCCGGCCCCGCCACCGCCACCGCCGUCCCCGUCCUAGCACCCCGGCCGCAGCCCCGCCUCCGCCGCCGCCUCCGCCUCCGCCACCCCCGCCACCCCCGGGCGCCCACCUCGACGAGCUCCACCCCCCCCCGGCGUCCGCGCCCGACCGGGCCCGCUCCCCCGCCGGGCGCGAUCAACGCCGGGCGCGGCCGUCGCGCCCGCUCGUCUCCGCAGCGGACCAGGCGCUGUACCUCAAGUUCCACAACGACAUCCGCGCCAACCACAAGGGCGACCCCCUCUCGUGGAACGACACGCUCUCCGCCGCGGCCCAGAAGGUCGCGGACACGUGCGUGUUCGAGCACUCGGGCGGGAAGGUCGGCCCGUUCGGGCGAGAACCUCGCGGGCGGGCACGGGCAAGUACGGGAUCGAGAAGGCGAUCGUGUCGUGGACGAACGAAGUCAAGGACUACGACCCGAAGAACCCGGUGCCGUCGCACUUCACCCAGGUCGUGUGGCGCGGGACGACGCAGGUCGGCUGUGCGCUCACCGUGUGCGCGCCCGGCACGAUCUUCGACCCCAAGUUCACGGUGCGUGUCCGGGCCGCGUGUGCCCCCGUGUGCUGACCUCGGCGCCGCGCAGAACACCGCCGAGUACUACGUCUGCGAGUACGCCCCGCCGGGAAACAUCAUGGGCCAGUUCGACCAGAUGGUCUCCGUCUAG